UUAAAAAAUACAAAGGGGAAAAAAAAAUUAAAAAAAUAAAAAAGAAAACCCUCCCUCCCAGAACCGAGCAUGGAAAAAGCUCUCUAACACCUACCAUCCUCUUUCUCUACAAACGCAAAACACACUUAGAAAAGAAGACCUGAAACCCUAGCCUUGCUGUUCAAGUAUCGAAUAUUAUCGGUUUGAAUCCGAGAAAUGUUCUUUUUGGAGAACGAUUGAUCGAGAAAGAGAACCGUGAGAUCAAGGAUUCAGUUUUUGGUGAUAACGCAUUACAGGUUUGAUAUUGAUGAAGAAAAUCAAUCAAUGGCAGAGGAUUCUGAUCCUCUCUCUGCUUUGUUUCACUGUCUUCGCUCCUCUCCUAUUCGUCUCCACUAGGCUCAAAAACUUCACUCCCUUCGGUCGGAAAGAAUUUGUUGAAGAUUUAUCGACUUUUAAAUAUAGGACAGAUGCUUUAAAACUUCAGGCAAUUGAGCAGGAAGCAGGUGAAGACUUGAAAGGGCUUAAAUUAUUUGCUUACGAAGGAAAUAAUUUGGAUUCAGUAGGUAAACACAGUACUACUAGUUGGAGUAAUAAUUCUAAGCAUUCUGAAAAUAAUGGAGACAGAAGUCAUGAUUCAAGACAAUCUGAAAGUACUGGAUAUACAAUUCAUCCUCUGCAUGUUUCAGGAACUAGCCAUGAAAGAAAAGAAGAAAAUAAGCACAUUCAACUGGAAAAAUUAUCAUCCAAGUCAGAUGACCGGAGGCAAUCCAAUCAAUCAAGAAUCCGACAUCAUCAGAAUUUGCGGAUUCCAGCACGUAGAGAAACAAAUGAUAAGGUAAAGGAGAUGAAAGAUCAGCUCAUUAGAGCCAAAGCAUACUUGAGUUUCGCACCACCAGGCAGUAAUUCUCACCUAGUAAAAGAGUUGAGACUGCGUAUGAAAGAACUAGAACGAGCUAUGGGGGAAGUUAUGUGGGAUGCAGAUUUAUCAAGGAGUGCACUAAAGAAAAUGAAGUCCAUGGAGGUUUCCUUGUCUAAAGCCAGUCGUGUUUUCCCACAUUGCUCCGCCAUGGUCACAAAGCUCCGUGCCAUGACUUACGGUGCUGAAGAACAAGUUCAAGCACAGAAGAAUCAAACAAUGUUUCUUAUUAGGCUUGCUGCAAGGACCACGCCAAAAGGCCUUCACUGCCUUUCUAUGCAGUUGACAGCGCAAUUCUUUGCCUUGCCACCAGAGGAGAGGCAGUUCCCUAACCAACAAAGACUGCAUGAUGCAAUUCUCCAUCAUUAUGCUGUUUUCUCUGACAAUAUCCUGGCUUGUGCAGUUGUUGUGAAUUCCACAGUCUCCUCUGCCAAGGAUGCAGAGAAAAUUGUUUUCCAUGUAGUGACUGAUUCUCUCAACUUUCCAGCAAUCUCAAUGUGGUUCUUAUUGAAUCCUCCCAGCAAAGCCACAAUUCAUAUACAGAAUAUAGAUAAUUUUGAUUGGUUGUCAGCCAAGUACAAUUCAACAUUAAAGCAGCAAAAUUCCCGUGAUCCAAGAUAUGCUUCUGCACUGAACCACCUUCGUUUCUAUCUACCAGAUAUCUUCCCUCUGCUAAAUAAGAUUGUGUUCCUUGACCAUGAUGUUGUGGUGCAAAAGGAUCUAACAGGACUUUGGAGUCUUAAUAUGAAGGGCAAAGUAAAUGGAGCGGUGGAGACUUGCAAGGAAAGUGAAGCUUCAUUUCGCCAGAUGGAUUUGUUCAUUAAUUUCUCAGAUCCAUAUGUAACAAAGAGGUUUGAUGCCAAGGCAUGCACGUGGGCAUUUGGAAUGAAUUUGUUUGAUCUGAAAGAAUGGAGGAGACGAAAAUUAACUGCUCUCUACCAUAAAUACUUGCAAGUGGGUUACAAAAAGCCGCUGUGGAAGGCCGGGAGCUUACCAUUGGGUUGGGCAACCUUCUAUAAUCAGACAGUUAUAUUGGACCGGAAUUGGCAUAGACUAGGGCUAGGUUACGACUUCGGCAUUAGACAGGAUGACAUUGACCGAGCAGCAGUGUUGCACUAUGAUGGAGUCAUGAAACCAUGGUUGGAUAUAGGUAUUGGAUAUUAUAAGAGUUACUGGACCAAACACGUCAACUAUGAUCAUCCAUACUUACAGCAGUGCAAUGUCCACGGUUAAUUGAAAUCAGAGCAUGGCAAGGGGUAUUAUUAGCCUGCACAACAUCAUUAAUUGCUUCUUGUUCUAGGAAGUUAUGUGUUAGCUUGAUUCUUUAACAAUUUCUUUUGUAAAUUUCAACUUCUUUUUUCUCCAAAAGCCGGCAUAAUCUUCUAGCAGCUGAGUCAAGUUAUACCGAUCACCAAAAUGAAAUAAGGAUCUGAGGGGCAUAUUCUUAUUUGGUAGUUACCUAGUGUGUACAUAGCUCAAUUCAGGUAUUGGAUUUAGAUUCAAGCAGAUGCACAUUUGGAAAUAAGAUUAAUGUGCAGAAGAAAUUACAUUUUCUA